AUGCGGCGCCAGGCGGAACAAGGGGAUGUUGAUUUCAUCACGGGAGACUACCUUGCGGAGGUGAGCUUGGCGGAGAAUGCCGAGGCAAUGCGCGCCGGACAGCACGAUGGCUGGUUCUCUACAUGCUGGGAUGGCAUCGAGCAGAGUCUAGACAUCGUCGCGGAGAAGAACAUCAAGAUCAUCGUCAAUGGGGGAGGGUUGAAUCCUCGUGGUCUCGCGGAAAAGGUCCAGCGACUGGUUGGCGAGAAAGGAUACCUAAUCAACGUUGCGUUCGUGUCUGGUGAUGACGUGUUGCCCGAAAUCAAGGAUCAGCUUCAACAGACAGGAGAGUUACCACCACAUCUCGACUCCGAAAACACCGAAGUCCGCCUCGAUGAACGGACGCUGACGUUUCGAGACAUGAACCGUAAGCCGCUCGUCGCUGCAAACGCUUACCUAGGUGCUCGAGCCAUCCUCGCGGCCCUCGACGUUGGAGCGGAUAUCAUUAUUUGUGGCCGUGUGGCCGAUGCGUCCCCAGUCAUCGCCGCGGCGUGGUGGUGGCAUGGUUGGCGAGCGACCGACUAUGACCAGCUGGCCGGGGCACUACUUGCUGGCCACCUCAUCGAGUGUUCCGGAUACGUGACGGGGGGCAACUUCUCGGGAUUCGACGCCUUUGACCUGGACUUGCUGGUCGACAUCCCGUUUGGAAUCGCCGAGAUCGCCAAGGACGGCAGCUGCGUGACCACUAUGCAUGACACGGGAAAAGGGGUGAUCAAUGUCGACGUAGUUCGUUGUCAACUACUGUACGAGCUGCAGGGCGCGAUCUAUCUCAACAGCGACGUUUCGGCUGACCUUACGAAUGUGAAACUAGAACAGGAUGGGAAAAACCGCGUCCGUGUCACCGGUGUCAAGGGUAGUCCACCACCGGCCACGACAAAACUGGGUAUCUUCUACCGUGGUGGCUAUCAGUGUCAACUGCUGCUCAAUGCCACAGGCUACAAUACGGCACUCAAGUGGAAAUUGCUAGAGAAGCAGGUCAAGUACGUCCUCAAGCAGAAAGGAAAGCUGGAGGACUUUGACGUGAUCGACUUUCAAGUCGUCGGAACACCUCAAGCAAACCCGCGCACUCAACUGAAUAGUACCACAUACUGUCGCAUAUUCGCUCAGGCAAGCGAUGAGGCCACAGUAGCGUGCCUUCGAGCCGCGUGGGCGGAAUUCGUCAUGCAACAUUUCUCUGGUCUUCACUACGCUCUAGAUUUCCGUAGCGCAGCUCCAAUGCGCUACAUCGCAUAUUACCCGGCAUUGUAUCCACAGAAUUCUCUCAAGGAGUUUGCCCAUAUCUUGAAACCCGACGGCUCGAUUGGCCAGACUCUGACGGCGGGCCACCCACCCCGGUACGAAGCCAUCGAGAAGAGAACAAACUUCGACACGGAACCAACGUUUGUCCCCUCGAGACCCGAGACCAAAGUUGUCCGUCUAGGCGACGUGGCCCUCGGCCGAUCCGGCGACAAGGGCGCCAACAUCAACUUUGGCAUUUUCCCCAAGACGUCCAAGAUCUGGCCGUGGUUCCGGGGCUUCAUGUCUCGGGGCCGUCUACGAGAAUUGAUCGGCGACGACUGGCGGGACAGAUAUUUCAUCGAGAGAAUGGAGUUCCCGGGCAUCCACUCGGUGCAUUUUGUGGUUUAUGGCAUUCUGGAUCGUGGUUCGAGCAGCACCGUCGCCUUGGACAAUCUGGGUAAAGGCUUCGCAGACUUUAUCAGGGACAAAUGGGUGGAAGUUCCCGUGGAGAUUUUGGACCAGUUAUCAUCAUCAUGA